GAGACUUGCUUUUCAUCUUCUACACCGUCACUCAUGGAGGGGCUGCGCAUUGUUUCGGUCAUUUUCUCAGGUAAUUAUUAUUUUCAUAAACACUUUGAAUAAUUUGAUUAUUGUUUUAGCAGAAACCCUCCUGCAGUAAAAUAUGACUUUUCAAACAGUAUCCCCAUCUUGAACCAUUCUUUGUGUUUGCAUUCCAGUUGUCAUUUUCUUGGGUCACAACUUGGUCCGUGGAUCAGUGUUAGAGGUGACAGCCAGACCAGGAGAAAACAUCACUCUCUACUGUGACUGCAAAAUAUCAACGGGAGUUUACAUAGUCUGGUACAGAAACUGCUCUCAUAAGACCCAGCCUCCUCUGGUCCUAAAAACGUGGCGUCAUAAUCAAUGGAUGAAACCUCUCCCUCUUAAUUUCCACUUUGUGAGGAACAAGUCCUCUGUAUCCUAUGACCUGCUAAUCCAGAACAUCACUGUGUCAGAUGAAGGUUUCUACUACUGUGGAACUGAAACUCUAAAAGUUGACAAAAUAGUGGUAACAAAAGCAAUAGACAAAACAGAGGAUAAAGACUUUAUCCUUCACAGAGAUGUUUACAGCUAUGGCAAUGUCACAAAGAUCGUAUUCAGUAAGUAUGCAUCAUUUAAUAAUAAUAAUAAUAAUAAUAAUAAUAAUAAUAUCUUACAUUUGUAUAGCGCCUUUCAAGAUACCCAAAGCGCUUAACAACACACUACAAAAAACCUUACUAAAUACCAAAAGCCUGAAUAAACAAGUGUCGCUUCAGAGCAGAGUUUGAUUGUGGUUUCAACAAAGUUAAUCAUGAAAAUAAUUAUAAAUAACCAGAGGCCGUAUAACAAAUAACACAGUGCAGAUCUGCUCAAGGAUUUGUGUCAUGGACUGAAUCCUGAAUCCAGACACCCCCACCCUUUACUAAAAGGAUCUUGUAAAAUAACUUAUUUUCUCCUCUCUUUGCCAUGACUGUAGCAGCACAUUUUAAAGCACAACACCUCACAAUCCAUCUCUGUGCAGUGGAUCACAUCAUCAUAGCCUGACUAUAAGUGUCAUAAGAUAAUUUUUUGAUUAAUCACCUUUGAAUAAUGGCAAAGAGAGAUGGUUUAAUCAAAAAUGCAGUUUGUUAUCAAUGGUUGUUUCUGUAUUCUGAUAUGGAAUUUUAAUUGAGGAACAGGAAAAAUAAUCUCUUUAAAACUGCUCCAUAAUUGUGGUGAUGCAGAUAUUUGAAGGACAUUUCAUUGUUUUUAGGACCAGAAAUCGAAAGAGAGCGAGAGAGUAUUGAAAGUAUCAGUGGUAUGCCCAUGACGUCCUGGAUGAUGAUGUUCACUCCUGUCGGAACUAUUCUCUCCACCUUCAUCGUGUUGAUUUUGGUUUAUCAUUUCUCUGAAAGACCAGGUAUCUGUUGUUUCUCAGUUUAUUUUUGCUUUUUUUCUCUUGCUCUACAACCAUCACUUCAACUGCCCGAUCAUAUUUCCUCGUAUAAAUGUACCCUUUACAGUUUGCUGGUACUUAACAAUGUUGUAUUAAUUUAUUUUAGGGCCUCAAAAUCUCGUGGGACGACCCGACAGCAAGAUUAGGAUGAGUCAAGAUCAGGUAAUGACCUUAAUGAAAUCUUCAUCUUUUUAUUCUUCACCUUUUCUUCAUUGUGUUUAUCUUAAUGAUUACAAUAUCAAAUAUUAGCCUUAAAUUCAAAAUAAAAAAAGUCACAUUUUCCACAGGAAGAAGAUUUGUGUCUUACACGAGUUGUGUUUCGACUUCAGGAUGGAGAAACAAACCAGUGAUCAGCAGAUGAUUCCCGUAGCAGCAUAUUUACUCCAUUUACUCAUUUUUCUAUGUGAGGAGUUUAUGGCUGGUCAUGAAACAGGUUAAAGUUUAAAGCUGUUCUUUUUAUGACCAAUUUUGCAAUUUUUGUUAUUACUGCAAGGAAGUUGGUGUCAGAGCAGAGGACUGACAGCGACCUGAAAAAAAAAACAAUAUCUAUGACUGCAAAAAUUCAGGGUGAGUAAUAGUUUGUCAAAUUAAAUUAUGUACCAGACAAGAUCAGCAAAGACAACACAAUGUCACGUUUAGGACAAAGAGCUCCCACUUACAGAAUUUCUGGGCAACAAACAAGUCGCAGAUAAUUUUAGCUCACAACUUCCUCGCUCACCAAAAUCCUCGCUGACAAAAGCUGAUCUCAUUUUUAAGUAGUAAACCUUAGUAGUUAUUAUACGUCUAGAUAACAAUAUAUCCCAAUUUUUGCUAUUUUAAACAUGUACAUGUAAUGAUUCAAUUUUUUCCUCUUUUCUUGUAGUAGUAUUUUCUUUGACUGCAUCAGGCGUAGUUUAACUUCUCGUGUUUUUGCCUUCACUUUGAUUGCUCCCCAUUGUUGUGCCUUGUUCUUACAUCUGUAUUUGUAUUGAUCUCCUGUAUUUCUUUGUGUUUCUCAUUACCUCCCUAACAUUGUUUUUAUUGGAUUUUUUUGUUGUUUGAUAUUUUUUGACUUCAGAAUUUGUUGAUUAAGAUCUUCUGUUCUGCCACUUGAUCUAUUUGGUUUCAUUAAAUCUUUCAUGUCUGCCUUGACUGUGUUAAUUUUUGUAUAAAGCAUGACACAUCUCUCUAGCAUCAGUUUUGUUUCUGUUAAUAUUUCAUCCCUGCUAACAUUCUAGGCAUGUUGGAAAAAUAAGAUGUCUUAAAAUGAUUAUACAAAGGGUCCCUGUUUGUUUGAGUGUGUUGUGGAAAUUUUUGUACCAAAGGAUCUUAGGUCAAGUCAUGUCUUUAUGAGAUUAAUAAAAGAUUCACUCAAACAAAA